ACUCCCUAAAAACCCUAAAACAAACAACAAAACCAAUCGUAGCCGUCGAUCUAUACACCACCUUAGGGUUUUGGUAUUUGAACACCUUCAAAAAUCAUUGUUUCACUGCCUCUGAAUUCUCUUCGUCUGAGCAUAUCAACAAUCACACACAUAUGGCUUUUGUGAAAGCCCAGAAGUCAAGGUCCUACUUCAAACGGUUUCAAGUCAAGUUCAAAAGAAGACGACAGGGUAAGACUGAUUAUCGUGCUAGGAUUCGCCUGAUUAACCAAGACAAAAAUAAGUAUAAUACACCAAAGUAUCGUUAUGUCGUGCGAUUUAGCAACAAGGAUAUAGUUGCACAAAUUGUGUCUGCAAGCAUUGCUGGCGAUAUGGUUCUAGCAUCAGCAUAUGCGCAUGAGUUGCCUAACUAUGGUCUCAAAGUUGGGCUCACAAAUUAUGCUGCAGCCUACUGUACCGGGCUUCUUUUGGCUCGCCGGGUUUUGAAAAAGCUUGAGAUGGACGAUGAGUACCAGGGAAAUGUUGAGGCAACUGGAGAAGAUUACUCUGUGGAACCUGCAGAGAGCAGGAGGCCUUUCAGGGCUCUUUUGGAUGUUGGUCUUAUCAGAACAACCACUGGCAAUCGUGUUUUUGGUGCUCUCAAGGGUGCUUUGGAUGGCGGCCUUGACAUCCCCCACAGUGAAAAGCGGUUUGCUGGAUUUAACAAGGAUGGUAAGCAACUUGAUGCUGAAGUACACCGCAACUACAUUUAUGGAGGGCAUGUUGCUUCCUACAUGAGGACGUUAAUGGAAGACGAGCCAGAAAAGUAUCAGACUCACUUCUCUGAGUACAUUAAAGCUGGGGUUGAGGCUGAUAACAUUGAAGAACUUUACAAAAAGGUGCAUGCUGCCAUUCGAGCCGAUCCUACUCCAAAGAAAUCCGAGAAGCAACCUCCUAAGGAGCACAAGAGGUAUAACCUGAAGAAGCUGACGUAUGAUGAAAGAAAGCAGAAACUUAUCGAGAGGUUGAAUGCUUUGAAUGCUGCUGCUGGAGGGGACGACGAUGAUGAAGACGGCGAUGACGAGUAAGAAUUUAAAGAUGUUUGAUGUUGAAUUGUUUGGAAAGAAGACAGUUAUGGUGACUUCAUUUUUGCUUGAAAUGUUUGGAAUAUUUGGAGACAAAAGAGCGAUCAAUAUUUGCUUUUUAUUUUGUUUUUCA